AUGUGUUAUCUCAGAGCAUCUAUACUAUCCGCCUACGAAGGAUACUUAUCAGAUAAUGUCAAUGAACUGUAUUUCGUCAGUACAAUACUCCAGUUCCAAAUUCACAGAGCCCUGUGCGAGAGGACUGGGCAGUAUAUUCCUGGUGACCCGACACGACCGCUUCACAAAUGCGACAUUUAUAGGAACCAAGAGGCAGGCAGAAUUUUGUCCCGUUUAAUGGAGCGUGGUUCUUCAGCACCCUGGAGUCAAGUUCUCCAAGAGUCCAUAGGAGAGGCGAGACUUAAUGGCGAUGCUUUACGCGACUACUUCAGACCAUUGGAAGAUUGGCUACGGAGCGAAAAUCUCAGAACUGGAGAAUAUCUAGGAUGGAGUUACGACGGAGAUUACUGUAAAUUCAGCAUCGAAACUGCUGGACUCCAGGUGUACGGUGGAUUCUACAACGCGGCUAAUAGACACUUUGACGUAACAAGCUUCAUUACCAUAUUAGUUACUUCUAUCGUGGCCACGGUUAGCGGAUUACGACUAAGAUGA